AAUAGGGACAACUCUGAUGGCGCCAAAUGCUAUAAUUCCAGAAAAAGCUUGCUCAAGCACCGAGCGCCAUGGCACCCCCUCCGCUGUUCUCCCUCCUCUUCCUCCUAGUGGUCGUUGUUGGCGCCACCUUCACAGCUGCUGCGGAAGUAGUGUUCCCCAGAGAGGCGCUCCCGACCAAGUCGGGCUACCUCCCCAUCCCGUCCGCCAACGCCUCGCUCUACUUCGCCUUCUACGAGGCCACCCAUCCGCUCACCCCGCCGGACUCCACGCCGCUGCUCGUUUGGCUGGAGGGCGGCCCCGGCUGCGCCGCCAUGCUCAGUAACUUCCUCCAGUUCGGCACCUACCUGAUCGUCGGCGGCUCGAACGGCUCCAGCUCCCUCGCGCCCAACCCCUUCGCGUGGAACCGGCGCUUCGGGAUCCUCUUCCUCGACAGCCCGCUCGGCUCCGGCUUCAGCGCCGCGCCGUCCCCAGCUGCCAUCCCCACCGACCAGUCCGUCAUCGCAGAGCACAUCCUCGCCGCGCUCCAGUCGUUUUUCUCUGUCCAACCGGGCUUCCGCGCCCGUCCGCUCUUCCUGACCGGCGAGAGCUACGCCGGGAAGUCCCUCCCCACCACCGGCGCUCUCAUACUGACAGUGAAUCCCACGCUGCCGGAGCACAGGAGGAUCAACCUGCGCGGCGUGGCCAUCGGCAACGGGUGGGUCCACCCCGUCGCGACGCUCACCACGCACGCCGACACGGCGUACUUCAUGGGGCUGAUCAACGCGAGGCAGAAGCGGGAGCUGGAGGCCAUGCAGUUGGAGGCGGUGGCGCUGACGAGGGCUGAGAGGUGGAGCGAGGCGUCGAACGCUGAAGAGAACCUGAUGUCGUGGCUGCAGAACGUCACGGGGCUCGCGACGGUCUUCGACGUGGGCGUGCAGAGUGCUACCGCUCUCGACAUCGCUGGGCUGGGGGUGUUCCUGAACAGGGCCGAGGUGAAGGCCGCUCUGGGCGCCCGGAGCGACGUGGCGCUGGAGAUAUGCAGCGCGGCCGUGGGCGCGGCGCUGCACGACGACGUGAUGAAGAGCGCGAAGCCGGGGGUGGAGGCGCUGCUGCGGGAGCCGACGAUGCGCGUCCUCCUGUACGAGGGGAUCCGCGACCUGAAGGUCGGGGUGGUGACCACGGAGGCGUGGCUGCGGGAGGUGGAGUGGGACGGGCUGGCCGCGUUCCUCGACGCCGACCGCGCCGUGUGGCGGAGCAGCCGAGGGAGGCUCGCCGGGUACGUGCAGAGCCACGGUGCGCUCACGCACGUGGCGGUGUACGGAGCCGGGCACUUCGUGCCGGCGUCUCAGGGGCGUGCGUCGCAGGAGAUGAUCGAGGACUGGGUGUCAGGGACAGGGCUGUUCGGUGGCGGCGGGACUGCAUAGGACGAAGCGCCUUGAUCGUGCCAGUCCGCGGGAUCCAUUGCAGCUUUUAUAAGACUAGUCAAUUGCCCGUGAGUUACAACGGAAGAAAAAAUACACAAGAUAAUAUAGUGGAUUGAUCAAAAUUGUAUCACUCAAUGUUCAGAUGCGGAUGCUAUAGUGGGAGGGAUAUAUAGAUGUGAACUUGCAUGUUUUGAUACUUGUAAAAA